AUGUUUGCAAGACAAAUCGUCAGAGCGGCAGCCAGAAAUGCAAGAAUUGUUACUAGAGCACCAGUAGCAGCACGCUCAUUCUCUUUCACACCAUUACGCUUCGGUGCUGGUAGCACCGAUAGCACGCUCACAGCACAGCUCGCUAAUGAGAUCUCCUUCGAAACUGAGAACGCAUCCCCAGAAGAGCCAGAAUGGGUGAGAGUAUUCAGAGAUGAGAAGGUCUGGUCCAUCGAAGACAAAAGUGGUUCAGAUGAGAUCGUGCUUUCUAGACAGUUUGGAAAUGAGCACGUCAGAGUACUCUUCUCUAUCUCAGAUCUCGAGCAGGACGACGGCGGCAGUGGAGAAGUACAAGCUGAGCCAGUCGACGAAGUACCAGCGUACAGCGUCAGAAUGUCAGUCAGCAUCACGAAGCCAAACAGUGGGGCUCUCACUAUCGACUGCGUGUCACAAAACGAGAGCAUUUUGAUAGACAAUAUCUCCUACUAUCAAGACGCAAAGUUAGCAACCCAACUCACUGCAGACGCAGACUUUGAGAGAAGAGGACUCUACAUCGGACCAGUAUUUGACCACCUUGAUUUAGACGUACAGUCUGAGUUCCAGCAAUUCCUCGUUGAGAGGGGCAUCGACGAGAGACUAGCCACAUUCGUACCAGAAUACGCGGUCUACAAAGAGCAAAAGGAGUACGUCAAAUGGCUCUCUAACGUUAAGAGCUUUAUUGAAGCGUAA